UGGCCAAGCCAUUAGCCAUGAAUUAUGGUGCUGCUACCAUCACAGCCAAUUGUCUGGAUGAAAAGCAGGCUCUGCCUCACUUACCGUUGUGUGCUAGCUUGUGCCUGAGCAGCAGGUUCAGCAUUCGUAGUUUCUGAUCAGCUCUGUGGUUCAGGUCAGAGCAGGGCAACUGGUGGAUUUGUGGAGAGAGAGAAAGACAGAGAGCGACAGACAGAGAGAGAGGAGAGAGAGCAGUAUCUCUUACCAGGAAACUCCUGCCGUUGUAUCACUGGGAAACCUGCAAGCAAAUGUGAUGGGAGAGUGAUGCAGAGACUGGACACAGAGCCACAUUAUCAGACACUGCAUUGAACGGUACAACCAUUUCACAGGUCUGUGUACCUGUGUUCUCAUGCAGCCUGCAGAGUAGAGGACUGUCAGUACCCUGAAAAGAUGGUGGGACUGAGAAACCGUUCUACAUGGGAACCAUUGCUACUCAAGGCCUCCUGUAUCAAGUCCUGUGCCAACGGCUGCUCCCUGGGCAUCACCGCACACCUCACUUAUGCCAACGCUGACAUAGAGUCUGUAGAAGGUGUGUUUGUGUACCCCCUCGGAGAAAAGGAGGUUGUGGUGGGCUUUGAGGCUGCAAUUGCAGGCCGACUAGUCGGGGUCCAGAUACAGAACCGAGGGAAGCUGAAGGAUUGCUGUCUGGAUUGCUGCCCUGGAACUGGUCUUGAAGGCCACUGUGGGAACGGCCGGGAGUGGGGCUGCUGUGGGAGCUCCAGCCAUGACAUUCAAUGCACCAACGGGCAUCUCAUCCUGGAUGAAGACCUUGAAAGAACCACCUUCAUUGUGGGCACAGGGGUCAUUGGCCCGAUGGAUAUAGUGUCUAUUAUCAUAAGCACCACACUGGAACUCCCUACAUUAGAAAAUGGAGCAAUCCACAUCGUCUACCCCUCAUUACUUACUCCAGUUGUCACUGGGCAGAUGACUUCAAGCAAGAGUGAAAAUGGAGGGAAGUUAGAAGAACCUGGAGCAACCAGCUGUUUCGGUGCCACCUCAGGAAAACAAGGCCGGGUCCUGGACUCUGAGCAGCAAUGUACCCACACCAUCUUCACCAGUCCAGCUGCCAGCCUGGCACCUUAUGAACUCAACUUCCAGCUACUUGUCAGAGGGGCCUGCCUGCUGGCUGGACUGGAGAGCCCCACUCAUGCUCUGAGAGCAGAUGCAGACCCCAGUGCUCAAAGUGCAUCUGCCACCUACAUCACCUUGGCGCAGGAGCAUCCAUAUGACAGACACAUAGAGAUCAUUCUGCACCUCAGUGAGCCUCACAACCCCUUGGUCAUCUUAGAGAGAGGCAGGCUCUCCUUCAGCCAGUAUGAAGAGCUGAUCUGUUCCCGUCGUGAUUUUAUCCGCUGCACCCGCAAAGAUUCAGAACCCGAGAGGAAGGUGGAGUUUGUGAGGAAGCGGUACCACAAGGACAUUCUGAGCAGCCCUGUCUUGAUGCUCAACUUCUGUCCUGAUUUGCUGUGUGAACCUCUGGAGCUGCACAAAGCCACCAGAGAGCUACUGUUCCUCGUAGAUCGCAGUGGCAGCAUGAGUGGCACUAACAUUCGUCGUGUAAAGGAAGCCAUGGUGGUGGCAUUGAAGAGUCUCCCUUCUUGCACUAUGCUCAACGUUGUUGGCUUUGGCACCACCAUCAAGCCACUGUUCACCUCCAGCAAGCUCUGCACUGAUGUCACUCUCAUGCAGGCAUAUGAGUAUGUCCAGAGGAUGAGAGCUGACAUGCGAGGCACCAACCUCCUGGGGGCGCUGUCCUGGGUGUACCAACAGCCCAUGCAGCGCUCAUAUCCUCGCCAGGUCUUUAUCAUUACAGAUGGAUCUAUUGGCAACGUAGCCAAAGUGCUGGAGUUGGUCCGCAGAAACACAUGCGCUGGCAGAUGCUUUGGUCUGGGCUUGGGCCCUCGAGCCUGCAGGAGACUCCUGCAGGGCGUUGCCAAACUAACAGGAGGGACUACAGAGUUCUUGGAUGAUGAGGAGAGACUCCAGCCCAAGUUAAUCAAGUCCCUGAAAAAGGCUUUUGAACCUGUGCUGACUGACGUGCGGAUUGACUGGUAUCUGCCAGAAAACAUGGAGGCUCUUCUUUCACCCAAUGAAAUCCCUCCACUCUACCCUGGGAAUCGCCUCAUUGGAUAUUGCACCCUGUACGAUAUGACAAAUUUCAAAGCAAAAAAGGCAGAGUGUCAAGGACAGGGCUAUAAACAUCGGGGCUCCACGGGUUCUGUUUUUGGCCAAUCAAAUGAUGAGCUUUCACCUCCUCCUGCCUCUGAACUAAUGCCUGUGGUGACAAGUGCAGAUGGCACCAAUUUGGAGGAAGCACUGAGGGAGAUCUCUAGAGAAAUCUCCUCUGAGUUCUCCUGUGCCAGAGACACAGACCCUGGCACCAGCCCAGGUGUGGAGCUAGACUGGUCCAAUGACGUGAGGAGGAGGAUCCAAGAAAGCUCUUAUAUCCAGGAGCAGUAUGUCCUCACUCGCUGCUCCCUCAGUAGUGAGCGAAGUCUACAGACACAGUCCCACUCACACAUACACGCCUCAUCCAACUCUGACUCAGCAGGCGGGGCAUUUUUGCCUGACCCUCACUCCUCUAGUUCAGUGCUGGAUACAGGGUCUCUACCACAAGGCCUUGAAAAGAUGCCCCCUCCAGAACAGAGGUCAUCCUUGUCUCGCUGGGCAGACUCUGCAUGGCCUCAAAACCUCUCAGCUGAAAUGCCUGAUAAUGGGUCAAAAAAGCCUGUCUUAAUGUCUGGAAAACAAGAAAGGGGAGACAACACGAGUUGGCAGAGUGGGCGUCUGGAUGGAGGCGAGGAGUCUCGUAGGAGACAAAAAGCACUGGCCCGUUCAACCAUGGCAGCACGGAGUUUCUCGUCCCCCCAGGGCGAGCUUGAGAUGCAUCGCCUAAGGAGAGCUCUGGAGAGGGUCUCCUUUGACCAAACACUGGGAGGGAGGCUGGACGAAAGUGAUGGGGAAACGAAGCCCCCAUCACGAGGGACACUGUCCCGCAGAAGCCUCACUGACUCCAAUGGUCUCCUGUUCCCUGCCUCUCCUCUGGACUGGGACAGCUUCACAGAUCCAGAGUACCUCUUCACUGCUGUUCCCCCAGAGGAUCCCCCACCAGGUCAGUGUCGCUCACGCAUUCAUGGCCUGCUGAGUGGCAGGCCUGUGUCCUGGGAGGUCACUGUCGACCUGGGGCACCUCUGGACCCCUGAGGGCCAGGAGACAUCAGGGGCUGAAGGAUGUGGAGGAGGGGAAGAAGGAAAGGGAGGGGAACCAUGGGAGGAGAUUAUUCACCAACUGACUGCUCGCUCAGUUAUAAGAGACUUUGAGAAAAUGGCAGAGAAGGAGAGUGACAUUGGACAUGGUUCAGCUAAGCGAUACCGUAUGAAGGCUAUCCAGACCAGUAAGCAUUGUAACAUUAUCUGCAUGUACACAGCCUUCACUACCACUGAUAGCAACCCCAACAAAGGCUUGCCAGAAGGCAUGGACGUCCAAAACACAGGGAUGCAUUUGGGAAACAAGUGGAGUUCCCAGUCAGGUAGUCGCAGGCAGAGGGCCUAUUCUGUUGGUUUGGGCAGACGGCGCACCAGUAGAGACAGUGAAGAGAUUGAGGACACCUGGAACUCUACAGACAGAGAUGACACUCCUGCCUCACCCUGUAGCCUUACAUCCUGGGACUCUAGUGUAGGAGGUAGUGCCUACUCUGCUACAGCUCCAGCAAUAACAGGCGCCUCAUGCACUCGUUCACAGCGAUCUAUAGAGAGCAAGUCAAUGGAGAGCUUCUUUGGCACCAGGUUCCCACUGGGCAGACUCAGGUCCUCUAUUUCAUCAGGAAAGCAGAUUCCUCUCAAGUCCCACUGUUUGUCAGCAGAGACUGAGAAACAACCUGAAACUGAGGCCCCGGACUAUCUUCCCCUGGUGCGUCUGCAGCUGGCUUCAGGGGCUUUUCUUCUGACGGAGAUGUACUCAGACUGUGUCCAGAUCCCCCUGGACCGCCUAAAAAGAGCUUCACCCUACAGCCUCCACCGUCGCAGCCUCAGCCCACCUUUCCGUUGCACUUCCCCCAGCGCUCCAUCUUUAUCCACCUCUGCCAUGCCUCUGGGUGCUCCCUCUAGUCACCAUGUUACCUUUUCUCCUUCUUCCGGCCUCCUCUCUAAACCAACUGCACCUCCUUUCCACCACACUCCAGACGACACUCCCCUGAUGCUGGAACCAAGGCUUCGCCGAAGACACCUGUCUGACCGAGACACUGUCACCUCACCCCCUGACCUCCCCAGCUCCGAGGAGGGCUCCCUGGAGCUAUCAGUUGGCCUGUCCCACAGCCAGAGCCACGGCCAGGCAGAUAGUGGUCGCGGAUCAGAGACAGAUGUUUAUGAAGGCUCCACAGUAGAGCCAGCUGACCUCCAGGGGAGCUGCCUGUUGGCUCAAGAAGACCUGGAGGGCUCAAGCUGGGCCACAGCUGUGGCUCUAGCCUGGCUGGAGCACCGCUGUGCCGGCUACUUCAUGGAGUGGGAGCUGGUGGCAGCAAAAGCAGACUUCUGGCUGCGCUGUCAGGAGCUGCCUGAGGGGGUCGACCUGGCGGGGCUGAAGGGAGCCGCCAGACAGCUGUUCCUGCUGCUACGCCACUGGGACGAGAACAUCAAACUAAACAUGCUGUGUUAUAACCCCAAUAACAUGUGAGACUAUCAUCUCUGAGGAAACUGAGCCAGAUCUACUGAUUUGCAUACUCACUUGUUACCUAUGACUGUGACUGUAAAGAAGCAACGGCUUUACAUAAAAAAGUGAAUCCUGUAUUUUAUCUGCAACCCAGUGCCAAGUUCAUUCUGAUAUUAAGUUGCACAUGAAAAAUUGUACUGAUGUAAGAAUUUAUAUUAACUUGAAAUGACUACCCUUUACAUGACAUCUACCAAGUGGCCUUUUGUUAUAAAUAUGCUUUAUGCAAUCACAUGAAUGCCUUGACCACCUGAAUGGGCUUUUUGUAGUUUUAGCUUCCUGUCAGUAUAAUGUUGUUACUUUGCUAAAUGUAUAAUCACAAUCAGUCAGAUAGGAGUGAUUUUGAUUAUCAGGAUGAUUAUUUGAUAAACUAAUGAAAGAUUACUUUAAACAAUGAACUUGCUGUUGUGAAAAUAAAUUUUAAAAAAACA